GACGUGGAGGAGGAGGCUGGGAAGGCACCAUGUGAACGCUUUAAGGCCAACAUGCUUUCCCAGAGCCGCUCUCAAAAGGAGGAGGCCCACCCAGCAAGGCACCAGGAGCCGGGGAGCCCUCCAAGUGCUGAGGCAACCUACUGCGACCUGCCCCGCUGCCUGCCUGCGCCUGAGGACACGCUCGGCACCGCAACCUCCACCUGCCAGCUCGUGGUGGGCCUGGGCCCCCGGCAGGGGCCUGAGAGUGGCUCAUCCCUGUCAGCAGGGCUUUCUGACCAGGGCCCCACAGCUGUUCCUAGGAGCAGGCCUGGGGACCUUGAGGCAGCGGUCUAUUUGGCAAGCCCAGCCUCCUCUCCAUGUGACAAGAGCCCCGACUCCGACACCAGCUCCGGCCCUGACAGUGAUACCCCUGAUGAUACCAGCAACUCCUCUUCUGUGGACUGGCACACUGUUGAGAGGCGGGACAAGGUCCCCAGCCCGGACGAGCUCACCGUGAUGAUCCUGCGGAGGGCCCAGGAGGGCCCGAGAGCUGACAGUGCCCGAAGAAUCCCCAGGUCCCCUGUGAGAGGAGACACCACAGGCCAGAGAACGGAGGAUCCGGGCGGUGGGAGUCAGAGCAGCAGACAGCACUGGGCGAAGCUCCGGGGAGAAAGUGGCUACUUCUCCUUGGAGCAACAGCGCUCCUCGACAGCCCAGGCUUCCUCGGAGACACCACAGAGUGGACCUCGAAGUGGCGCCCACCAGGCCUCCUCGACUCAAAGGGACACUGCCCAGCCUCCUUGUGCACAACGAGAACCCCCACGAGCCUCCUCUUCCCACCGAAUCACCCAGAGGGACAAACCCAGGAACUCAUCCACCCAACAGGACACCCCCAGGGCCUCAUCCACACAGCGGAAGACCCUGAGAACUUCUUCUCCCUCAAGAAUCUCCCAGCGGGACAACCCCAGAACCUCGUCCCCUCAACGGAACAGUCCUCGGCUUUCUUCUUCCCUCAGAGCCACCCAACAAGAUAGCCCAAGGACCCCUCCUACCCAACAGGACAACCCCCCAAAUGCUUUUCCUGCUUGUCCUCCACAGUGGGAAAACCCCAGGACAUGCUGUGCCCAAAAAGACAAUGCCAGAGCCACCUCUCCCAACCGAACCACCCAACGGGAAACCCCCAAGUCAUCCUGUGCCCAACGGGACAGUCCCAGAGCCUCUUCUCCUAACAGAACGUCCCAGAGAGAAAACUCUAGAACAUCAUGUGCCCAACGGGACAAUCCCAGAGGCUCCUCUCCUAACCGAACUUCACAGAGAGAAAACUCUAGAACAUCCUCUGCACAGCGGGACAAUCCCAAGUCCUCAUCUCCCAGUCGAACCCACCAAAAGGAAAACCCCAGAACUUCCUGUAUCCAACAAAAUACCUCCAAAACCUCCACUCACCGAGACAACCCAAAAGCCUCUUGUAGCAGGUGGGAGCACCUCAGAAGUGCCUGCACCCAGCGGGAUCCCCUGCACUGCUCUUCCCGUCAACGAGACAGCCCUGGGACCUCCUCUCCUCAGAGCUUCACCCAAAGGGACAAUCCUGGACUGCCAUCUCCCCGCUGCAGCCCUCAGAGGAGCAAUCCCAGGAAUUCCUCUCCCCAUCGUACCAACAAGGACAUCCCCUGGGCAUCCUUUCCCCUCCGGCCCACGCCGAGCGAUGGCACCCGAACCUCUUCUCCAUCUCGAUCCAAGCAAAGCGAGGUGCCCUGGGCAUCCAUUGCCCUCCGGCCAACCCAAGGCAACAGGCCUCAGACCUCCUCUCCCACCAGGCCAACCCAGCACGAUGCACCCCAGUCCUGUGGAGCGAGCCAGUACAAUGCGCCAUCCCGAGCUGCCUCUUCCUCCCAUAACCCAUGCCCCCUCUGUGCGUCCCGGACUUCCUCCCCUCUGCACUCUGCAACACAGGGGGCACCCCCAACCUCUUCUGAACCCUCUCAGCCUCCAUAUGCUGUGUGCAUCGGCCACCGCGAUGCCCCUCGGGCCUCUUCGCCUCCUCGCUAUCUGCAGCACGACCCGUUCCCCUUCUUUCCAGAACCCCGAGCCCCGGAGAGCGAAGCACCUCACCAUGACCCUCCCUAUGUGCCACCUGCUGUGUGCAUCGGGCACCGUGAUGCCCCCCGGGCGUCCUCACCCCCUCGCUACGCUCAGUUCGACCCCUUCCCCUUCCUGCCAGACGCAUCAGAUGCAGAGAAUGAGAACGAGUCACCCCAGCACGACCCUCCGCACUUCCCCCCACCCGUGUGUAUUGGGUACCGGGAUGCGCCCCGGGCCUCCUCCCCACCUCGCCAGUUCCCAGAGCCCUCUUUCUUGUUCCAGGACCUCCCCAGGGCCAGCACCGAGAGCCUCAUGCCCUCCACGGACUCCCUCCACGAGCACCCCCACGUCCCCACCCCCGUUUGCAUUGGCCACCGAGAUGCCCCCUCCUUCUCAUCGCCCCCACGCCAAGCCCCUGAGCCCUCGCUCUGCUUCCAGGACCCUCCUGGAGCCAGUAUGGAGAGCCUGGCCCCCUCCACCGACUCUCUGCAUGGCUGCCCCCUGCUCCCCCCCCAGGUGUGCAUCGGACACCGAGAUGCACCUCGCGCCUCCUCCCCACCCCGCCACCCACCCAGUGACCUAGCGCUCCUGGCACCCUCGCCCCCACCAGGCAGCUCCAGGGGCUCCCGGGGCUCAGCACCUCCUGGGGAGACCAGGCACAACUUGGAGAGGGAGGAGUACACCAUGCUGGCCAAUCUGCCCCCGCCCAGGAGGCUGGCCCAGAGGGAGCCAGCACCCCAGGCACAGGGCAGCAACGGGGGCCGCACCCGCAGCCCCGGCCGCACAGAGGUGGAGCGCCUCUUCGGGCAGGAGCGCAGGUGAGCCUAAGGCCGGGCAGCCAGGUGGGCUGGGGCAGGACAGGUGGAAGGUUCUCAGGGUUAGAUGGCCAGAAGCAAGGGUCAGGUCCUCCUGCCAUUCUCUGGCUGUGUGACCUUGGGCAAGACACUUCAUCAUCUCCGUGUCUGCAUCUGAGGGCGCUUUGAGGCUUAAGUGAUACUGUGCACAGCCUCAUGGUCAAAAGCAAAGACCAGAGUCAGGCAGGCUGGGUUCA